GAGUCUGAAGGGCGCAGGCCCAGGCGAGGCGGCGGCUGGCGGCGGCUGGCCCUGAGGGGCGGGGGCGGCGUGGAGGAGGUGGACCUUGGCGGUCAGCUCUGCUCCAGCUGUGUUGCCAUGUCCCGCCAGGUGAAGGACGACUUCUUGCGACACUACACAGUCUCCGAUCCCCGGACCCACCCCAAGGGUUAUACCGAGUACAAAGUGACCGCGCAGUUCAUCUCAAAGAGGAACCCAGAGGAUGGCAAAGAGGUGGUGGUCUGGAAGCGGUACAGCGACUUCCGCAAGCUGCAUGGUGACCUGGCCUACACCCACCGCAACCUCUUCCGCCGUCUUGAGGAGUUCCCUGCUUUCCCCCGGGCCCAAGUCUUUGGCCGGUUCGAAGCCUCGGUGAUUGAGGAGCGGCGAAAGGGGGCUGAGGACUUGCUUCGCUUCACCGUGCACAUCCCCGCGCUCAACAACAGCCCUCAACUCAAGGAGUUCUUCCGGGGUGGAGAGGUGACACGACUAUCCGAGGUGUCCAGGGACCUGCAUAUCCUUCCACCCCCUCUGAUCCCACCACCCCCUGAGGAGCCCCAGCCACCACCUGAUGAGUCCUGGUUGCCCCAGCCACUCCCUGUAGAGAAGAGGGGCCUUGAAGAGUUGGAGGUGCCAGCGGACCCCCCACCAUCCAGCCCUGCCCAGGAGGCCCUGGAUCUCCUCUUUAACUGUGGGACCACCGAGGAGGCGUCCAGUUCCCCUGCCCGAGGCCCCCUCACCGAGGCUGAGCUUGCCCUCUUCGACCCCUUCUCCAAGGAAGAAGGUGCAGGCCCCAGUCCUACCCACAUAGGUGAACUGGCAGCAAUGGAGGCAGAGUCAGAGAGGCUGGACCAGGAACCCUGGGAGCCAGGAGGGCAGGAGGAUGAAGAAGACGAGGAAAGAGGGUCUGCCCCUGCCUAUCUGAGCCAAGCCACAGAGCUCAUCACCCAGGCCCUACGGGACGAGAAAGCAGGCGCCUACCCUGCAGCUCUGCAGGGCUACCGGGAUGGUGUUCACAUCCUGCUUCAGGGAGUUCCGGGUGAUCCAUCACCUGCCCGCAGGGAGGGUGUGAAGAAGAAGGCAGCUGAGUAUCUAAAGCGGGCAGAGGAAAUUCUGCACCUACACCUGUCCCAACUCCCACCCUGAGAAGGAGAGAGUGGACCCUUCCCGGGGACUCAAGCUCCAGCACUGCCAGCCACCCCCAUCUCCUCUCCCUGGGGCUUGGCCCUAUCUCCUGGUCUUAACUCCAGGGGCCAUUUUUGUAUGUAACUGGACCAAGAAUGAGAAAAAUAAUGACUUCUUAGCUCCCUGACCACACCUGCCAGCAUGGAAACAGGGACUCACACUUCUGAUCCUGCCUGUCUCUUAUCUCGAUGUGUGAGCAGCAGCUCUGUCAUUAAACUAUCUGUUUACCUAUCUAGAACCGGGGUCUGCAAAUUACAGCCUGCAGCCAAAUCUGGCCCGCUACCUUUUUUUUUGUAAGGCCCAUGAGCUAGGAUGGUUUUUACAUUUUUUUAAAUAGUUGAAAAAAAACCAAAAGAAUAUUCUGUGACAGGUGAAAAUGAUACAAAAUUUAAGUAUCUAAAAAUAAAAUUUUAUUGGAACACAA